AUAACACUACACCUAUCCCCACCUCAAGACAAUCCCUUUCUUCUCCCCUUUCUCCAACACCUACCAAAAGCCUCUCUCUCUCUCUAGUUCUUGAUUUUUCAAGAUUUCAAGAAAACAUGGCUGACCAAAGUGGUGGGUUGGUUAUGAUGAGAGAGUACAGAAAAGGCAACUGGACGUUGAAUGAGACGAUGGUUCUCAUUGAGGCCAAGAGGAUGGAUGAUGAGAGGAGGAUGCGGCGGUCCAUCGGCCUUCCACCGCCGGAGCAGCAACAAGAUAUCCGGAGUAAUAAACCGGCGGAGCUACGGUGGAAGUGGAUAGAAGAUUACUGUUGGAGAAAAGGUUGUAUGAGAAGUCAGAAUCAGUGCAAUGACAAAUGGGACAAUCUCAUGAGAGACUACAAAAAAGUUAGAGAGUACGAGAGACGAAGGGUAGAAUCGUCUAUUACCGCCGGUGAGUCGUCUUCAUCUUCAGCUCCAGCUGGAGAAACGGCGUCGUACUGGAAGAUGGAGAAGAGUGAGAGGAAAGAGAGAAGCUUACCAAGUAAUAUGUUACCUCAAACAUACCAAGCUUUGUUUGAAGUUGUUGAGAGUAAAACGCUUCCUUCUUCUACCGCCGUAACCGCUGUAACCGCUGCAGUUGCGGCUGCUGCUGCUGCUAUUAGUAGUGGAAACGGUUCAGGCGGUGGACAAAUCCAAAAAGUGAUACAACAAGGUUUAGGAUUUGUUGUUCCUAAAGUACAUCAAAUCAUUCAGCAGCAACCUGUUUUGUUACCACUUCAGCCACCGCCGCCACCACCACCGUCUCAGCCGUUACCACGACCACUACUACUGCCACCGCCUCCACCGCCUUCUUUUCAUGCUCAGCCAAUACUGCCCACAAAGGAUAGUAGCACAGAUUCUGAUACAAGUGAGUAUUCAGACACAUCUCCGGCGAAGAGAAGGAGAACAAUGCCGACAACCACAACCGCCGGUCCCAGCGGCGGCGGUGUAGAUGUGGAGGAGGUUGGACGUAGUAAGAGAGAUGAAGAGACGACAGUAGCGGCUGCGUUAUCAAGGAGUGUGUCAGUGAUCGCAAACGCGAUUAGGGAGAGUGAGGAGAGACAAGAUCGGAGACAUAAAGAAGUGAUGAACGUACAAGAGAGGAGACUCAAGAUCGAAGAAUCUAAUGUUGAGAUGAAUAGAGAAGGCAUGAAUGGAUUAGUGGAAGCCAUUAAUAAGCUAGCUAGCUCCAUUUUCGCUCUGGCUUCUUCUUCUCGCCAUAAUAAUUAGCAUCAAGGAGGUCCAGUACCAUAGUAAUUUAAAUGAUUAUUAUGUAGUUAAUUUGAUUAGGGAAGUGAUUAAAUUGUUGAGCGUGAUGAUCGGAGUACAUAAAUUGAUAUUGAAGUCUUAAUUAAUCUUGUUUUCAUCACUCUCAAUGUUUUCUUAAGUAAAUUGUUGAUUCCAUGCAAUAUAAAUUGAAAUGUGAUCAUAUAAAGUUGAUU